AUGCAGUUUGUCUCCUCAGAAUCGACCUUAUCGACAGACGAGCACAAAGCUUCAACCGUUGAGCUCCUGCAUGAUCACUAUCUUGAGCUUACCCCGGAUGGGAAAUAUGUGCGAUGGUUGCGAAAUCACCCCAGGCAUCCUCGAAAUUGGUCUGGUCUACGAAAGACUUACGAUAUUGUCCUUAUCUGUCUCUUGGAUCUUUUUAUAACAGCUUCCAGCACCGCAGGUUCGGCAGCUGCUGCACAAGCUAAAAAUGAAUACAAUAUCAGUGAAACACUUUCUACCUUCAUAUUUGUCACAAUAUUUCUUCUCGGCCAGGUUGCAGGCACCAUCUUAUUUCCUCCGUGGUCAGAGACAUUUGGGCGCAAGAACAUGUACAUUGUCAGCAGUGGUCUCAGCGCCAUUUGCUGUAUGAUAAUCGGUCUUGUGCAUUUAAUGCCGGUUAUUAUCAUCAUGCGCAUUACUGCCGGAAUUCUUUCCGCGAUCCCUUAUACCAUCGUCGGCGGCAGCAUCGAAGACAUGUUCAACUCGCAUGCUCGGAUAUGGGCCAUGUUUUAUUGGACAGUUGCUUCAAACAUUGGUCUCAUUCUUGGACCCAUCAUGAGCAGCCAUAUUAUUGCAGGUCUUGAUUGGAGAUGGAACUUCUAUAUUUUUGCCAUCAUUAUUGCUGCAAUUACAGGUGGCCUCUGCUUUAUUCGAGAAUCUCGACCUUCCUUGUUACUGACCUACGAGGUGAAACUGGUCACCGAUAUGACUACUAUGAAAUCAAUUCCACCGCCACUCAAUCACGACCAUAUUCCAAGUCUCAAUCAAUUUGUAAAAGAAGCCCUCUUUCGCCCAGUCCAGCUCUUUUUUCGAGAACCCAUCAUUUUCGUCAUCGCCAUGAUGAUCUCCAUUGCCAUGUCCCUAAUCUACAUCUUCACAGAAGCACUCCAACCCAUGUACGAGUCAAUGGGUUUCGCAAAAACCGAUGCUUCACUGGUAUUCAUCGCCAUCGGCCUGGGAAUUUGUCUUAGCACAUUAACCCGCGUGCUAGACAGCUACAUUCUCAACUAUUUUCACAGGCAGGGACGCCCUAUUAAGCCGGAAUACAAGCUCGUCGGGCUAGGCCUUGGUGGUCCAUGCCUAGCGAUUGGUCUAUGGUGGUUUGCCUGGACUAUUCCACCCGAGACCCAGACUCCAUGGGUUGUGCCAACAAUUUCCCUCGUUCUGGUCGGUUAUGCGCUGACUGAAAUGGAUACCGUGCUGUAUGGAUAUAUAUCCGACGCUUAUCUGAGCUAUUCGGCCAGUGCCACCGCUGCUGUUGCAUUCAUGCGAGCGCUGCUGUCGGGUGCCUUUCCGCUGUUUACAACGCAGAUGUUUGAUCGAUUGGGAAAUAAUAAUGCCAUGUCUGUGCUCGCUGCUGUAGCAACUGCAUUUUGUAUAGUACCGCCUGUUUUUAUCUGUUAUGGAGAGCGGAUUCGUCGGGCGAGCAAGUUUGCUCGAUAUAGUUGGGAAAUUCAGGAGGAGCUAGGUAAAGAAAAAGAAGAUUGGUGA